GUGCUUCGAAGCGCACACACAAAACCAGACGAAAAUUUGAAUGGAGGCGCGCGGGAAUGCGUGAUUUUUGUGGUGUUUUACUGAUUUGUUGUCUGAUUGACAAGGGAGAGAGAAGCUUUCAAAUUAGCAACAUGCGAUUGAUGAUCGUUCAGUAGCUUGAAUGUGCCCUAGGGUUUCGGUCGAUUCGAAAAUUCGAUUCGGUUUAGUUGGUCUGUGCCGGCGCACGGCAGUGAGAACACGUGUGAGAGAAGAACAACAUAGUGGUGAAAAUGGGGAAAAUCAGAAGCGCUCUGACGGUGGCGGUUAUCCUUGCCGUAGCGUGCCAUGCCAACGGAGAAGAAGCAGCUAACGGAAAGGAUUCGUAUCUGGCAGCAUUGCAUAACUCACACCAGAUAAACCAGCAGAAUAAAGCACAUGGUUUGGUGAGGGUACCACGCGAAGACUACAACAGUGUCCCAUCCUCCUCCUACGACUACAGUUUAACACCAUCGACCGGAUACGGGGCUCCAGCCAACAGCUAUGGUCCUCCUCCGAAAGCAGCAUACGGACCUCCUCCCAAACCCGUCUAUGGUCCACCGCAGCCGGUCUAUGGACCUCCACCGCCUGCCCCAACGAUGAGCGUUGGAACGCCACAUAUGAGCCCCGAAAGCUGGCUGCUCAACAAGCUGAAACUGAAGUUUAGCUGGUUCACUCUGGCGAAAAUUCUACUCAAGAUUGUGAUAUUCAAAAAGAUAGUCAAGUUCCUCGCCCUGCUGUGCUUGCUGUUCUUUAUUCCGACGCUGAAACCAAGUGAAAGCGAGAGUGAACACAGUGACGACGAAAGCCGCCGUCGCAGUUACGAUCUGCAGUAUGACUACGACACCAGACUCAACCACGUGACUACGUUUGCCCUGAAAGCCAUGGAAGCUUUCACCAUCGAUAACGAGCUGUAUUGUCCGGAGGAGAACUUCCUCGGGUGCCGGGCGAAACGAAUGUUCGACGUGAUCGACGAGGAGUAUCCACUGAAGGAAAUCUUGCGAAUGUACGUUCCACAUUCCAGCAGAAAGGUAUUCCGAUUGCAUUCCGACGACAACGACGGCAGCGAUGACCAAGUUGCCGACAAUGGACUCGAUAACGCAGCAAGCUAUGAUGACAGCAGCAGCAACAACAGCAGCGAUAGCAACGAAAGUCGCGAACGUGAUGACUAGAUCGAAGCGGCGAUGCCCUUUGUGAUCCAUCGAUCGAUCGAUUGGCGAAAAACGCAGCCCACUUGGAUUGCAUUCGAAUCGAUUAUGAAUUUGCGACGAGAGCUUGCGAACGAAAAAAAAAAACAACCAUGCGUGAUUUGAAUGUUGAAUCGAACCGAUUGUGUGCCACUUUCUCGCCCCGCAAUCUGCGGGUAUGGUGCGGGAAUUUAUAGGUUAUGUAUUGUGUGAAUUUUUAGUACCGGAACUCAACUGCGGGAGUACAUGUUUAAUUUAUUUAUUUAUUUUCGCUGUAAUCAAUUGGAAGUGACUUGCAAUAAACACGUACUGAAAUUGUGUGUUAA